AUGGGGAUAUAUAAGUGCCUCAAGGAGCAGUAUGGGGUCAAAGAUGAACAACUGAUAUUAUACGGACAGUCGGUUGGUAGUGGUCCCACCAUUGAUCUUGCGUCUCGUGUGCCAGAUUUGAGAGGUGUUGUUCUACACAGUCCUAUUCUGUCUGGCAUAAGGGUAUUGUACCCCAUCAAACGGACGUAUUGGUUCGAUGUUUUCAAGGUAGUGUGA